GACCGCCCUGUGGAGUUCUGCUGGAGAGCGCGCUCUCCGCCAGAAGUCAUAAAGUCAGACUUCACCAACGGGGCACGGGCCAGGAGAGAGAGAGAGCGAGGCUGGAGCGAGGAGGGGGUGGACUUAUCUAUUGGCCCACAACGUUUAAUGAAACACGGCGAUACAUGCGGUAUGUUUGCUCUGAUUGCUUCCUUACUCCCGUUUUUUCCCCACCUGAAAAGAUAAGCCAAUGGGCUCGAGAAGUUGUUGGUCCCAUCCCGGGCAUAUUUCCCGUCAUACGAGACCCGUCCCAAGCGCACCUGUGACAUCAGCUCUGUGUUGAUCUGCCCGACACGCCGUGAAGACCCGCUACUUUUCACUAUCCUAAUCCGAAGACAUGACGGUGUCCCCGGUCUGCAAACCGGCUAAAUACCCGGCGAGACUAACAUUAAUGACCGAAGCGGUGUCAGGGUGUUUGUGAUUGAGCCACAGAAGCUGUCUCGAGACGACCGGCGGGACGCCAGGGCCGUAUGGAACUUUCUUUUGGAGGACAAGGAACGCACCUGUUCGAUGCCCGCCGGGACUGGACCAGGUACCGCUGGACCCUGACAUGUCUAACGACGAGCCGUCGUAAAGCAAGCCAUCACUGCUAUUACCUGGGUUUCAGGACAGGGUUCCAAAAGCGAUGGCGUCUGAGGUGGCGUGUGGAUUGAUCUUCAGAUUACUUCUUCCAAUAUGUCUGGCUACCGCCUGUCUGUUCAGGUUCAAUGGCCUGUCCUUUGUCUACCUCAUCUACCUCCUGCUUAUCCCUCUCUUUGCAGAGCCCACGAGCACCACCAUGCAAGGCCACACAGGGAGGCUGCUCAUGUCGCUGUGUUUCACCAGCAUGUCCUUCGUGCUGUUCCACAUCAUCUACCAGAUCACAGUCAACAGCCUGCUGGCCACCCACUCCAUCAACGCCGACUUCAACUGUUCCAUGUGGGAGAAGUCCAUAAGGCAGAUUGGCUUUGAGAGCGUGAUCGGGGCGGACCCCAUGAACGGGAUCCGCGUGUUCCUCCCGGACAUCGGCAUGUUCCUGACGGGCCUGGCGGUCUGGCUGGUCUGCCGCAGCCUGGUGCACAAGAGGCCCCCCGAGGACAUGGCCCAGGACAACGCUCACUUCCAGGCAGAGGACCUGGAGGAAGAGGAGAAGCUGAGCCUGGAGGGCAACAUCCUGUUGGAGGAAGACCACGAGGCGGGCUACGAGGCCGAGGGAGACGAUGACGAAGAGCUGUCCGAUGAGGAGGACGACGACGACGACGACGAGCAGGAGGGGGAAGAGCAUGAGGAGGAGGAGGAGGCGAAGGAGAGCGCCAAGAUGAAGGUCCUGCGAUUCGUGGCGGGCGUGGCGUCCAAAGUGAAGGAGAUCAUCGGGGACCUGAUCACCACCGCUGGGAAGGUGGUGGUCACCAUCCUGCUGGGCCUUACGGGCGCCAUGCUGCCCUCGCUGACCUCGGCGGUGUACUUCUUCGUCUUCCUCUUCCUGUGCACCUGGUGGUCCUUCUGCCGCACCAUCGACACGCUGCUCUUCAGCUGCAUGUGCGUGCUGAUGGCCAUCUUCAGCGCCGGCCACCUGGUGAUCCUCUACCUCUACCAGUUCCAGUUCUUCCAGGAGGCCAUCACCACUGACGACUACUACAUCAGAUUGUUUGGCAUCUCCCCCCUCAUCCGAGUCGACUGCACGCACACGUGGAAGCUCAACAAGAACCCGGACCUCUACUGGCACCACUUUGUCAACCCGGGGAUGCUGCUGCUGCUGUACUACACCCUGGCCACGCUCAUCCGCCUCUGGCUGCAGGAGCCCACCGGGCAGAUGGAGGACAAGGAGGAGGCGGAGGGAGAGGAGAAGGAGGGGCUGAUGGGCAACGGGACCAGCAGCUCGGCCGACAGGAGGAGGCACAUCUGGCGGCUCACCAGCCGCGCCACGGAUGAGAGGGAGCUGCUGCCCACACAGGACUACAGCAUAUCUGAGGGUCCCAACGAGAACUCUUUCGAAUUCACCACCACUGACAAUGGACCGGUCGGUGUGGAUCUCUAUUCCACCCCGCACUACAAAAUGGACCAGUCCACCUUCAAUCCAGACCCAGAGAUUAAGCACGAAUGUGUGUACGAAGUGAGGCUGCCCUCCGAAAUGGGUAUGGAGGGGGGGAAGAAGGAUGGGGAGGAGACGGAGACGGAGACGGAGGGCGAGGACCGGGAGAAGGCCAGUGCUGUGGUCACCGUCUUCCGCUUCAUCAUGAAGCAGAGCUACAUCUGCGCUCUCAUCGCCAUGAUGGCCUGGAGCAUCACCUACGUCAGCUGGCUGACCUUCGUCUUCCUGCUGUGGUCGUGCAUUCUGUGGAUGGUGCGCGACCGCCGGCGCUACGCCAUGAUCACCUCGCCCUUCAUGGUGAUGUACGGCAACCUGCUGCUGGUGCUGCAGUACAUCUGGAGCUUCGAGGUCCUGAACAAGGUGUCAGGCUUCUUCCUCAAAGGAAACGUGCCCUUCAGCGAGCUGUGGACCAAGAUGCUGUGUCUGCUGAGCUUCUGGCUGCUGCUGAGGCAGACUCUGAUGGAGCGGGAGGAGAAGCUGAGCCACACGGAGGCGGCUCUGUCCGACGUGGUGGUGGACCAGGACAAGGCCAAAGAGGAGGAGGAGAGGAGGUCGUCGGAGAAGGAGGAGGAGGAGGGGGAAGGAGGGGAGCCGGACGUGGUGCAGGUGCUGGGCAGCCUGAUCAUGGCCCUGCUGGUCAAGUACUGGCUCUACAUCUGCAGCGGCAUGUUCUUCUUCGUCAGCUUCGAGGGCCGCAUCGUCAUGUACAAGAUCAUCUACAUGAUGAUGUUCCUGUCCUGCGUGGCCCUCUACCAGGUGCACUACGAAUGGUGGAGGAGGGCUCUCAAGUACUUCUGGAUGUCGGUGGUGAUGUACACCAUGCUGGUGCUCAUCCUGGUCUACACCUUCCAGUUCGACACCUCCCCGCCCUUCUGGAGGAGCUUGACCGGCAUGGAUGACAAGCAACUGGAGGAUCUGGGCCUGGAGACUUUCUCUGUGCCCGAGCUGUUCAGCCGCAUCUUCAUCCCGGCCUCCUUCCUGCUGGUCUGCAUCCUCCACCUUCACUACUUCCACGACCGCUUCCUCGCGCUCACAGACCUCCAGGCUCUGGUGGCCAAGGAGGAAAGCACGAUCUACAGCCAUGCUAAAGUCAAUGGCCGUGUCUAUGUGAUCAUGAAUAGCAUCAAGCAAAAAAUCCCCACGCAGUCGAGCAAGCUGGCCCACCCUGACGGCAGCCUGGCAGACCUCACCCUGCUCAGCUCCAGCUCGGUGGACGAGCCGUCCCUACGCAGCACCGAGGACAGGAAGGGCAGGGGGGCAGCGGGUGGGGGGGCGGGUGGGGUGCCCGAGGAGAUGCUGGUGGUGGUGACGUCCACGGAGGAGGAGGACGCCUCGUCGGCGGGGGGGACCGGCAGCUACUCCCUGGGGAAGAGGCAGCGGCGGUCGGGCAGCGAGGGGAGCCGGUGCUGCAGCAGCGGGGGCGCCCCCACCACCGAGAACAGCACCGAGCAGAGCUCCGACCUGAAGAACAAAUGGCAUCUGGUGGUGGACCGGCUCACGGUGCUGUUCCUCAAGUUCCUGGAGUACUUCCACAAGCUGCAGCUCUUCAUCUGGUGGCUGCUGGAGAUCCACAUCAUCAAGAUCGUGUCCUGCUACAUCAUCCUGGUCUCCAUCAAAGAGGUGUCCCUCUUCAACUCGGUGUUCCUGGCGUCCUGGGCUUUCGCCCUGCCCUUCACCCAGGUCCGGCCCAUCGCCUCCAGCAUCUGCACCGUGUGGACGUGCGUCAUCGUCAUCUGUAAGAUGUUGUACCAGCUGAAGUCCAUAGAUCCGGAAUUCUACUCCAGCAACUGCACCCUGCCAGCAGGCUACGAACUCAAAAUAAUGGAAGAACUGACGAGUGAGUCUGUGCUUUAUAAAAAGCCGGUGGAUCCAGCCAACUGGGUGGGCCUCAUGAAGUCUGAACCCCUGUUGGAAUACCUGCGGAACAACCUGUUGAUGCUGGCCAUCCUGGCGUUCGAGGUGACCAUCUACCGCCACCAGCAGUACUUCCGGCUCCGCAACAAACUGACCCCGCCCGCCGCCCGGAUCAUCUUCCACGGCAUCACGCGCCAGCACCUGGACCAAGGCAUCGUCAACUUCGUCAAGUACUUCGUCAACUACUUCUUCUACAAGUUCGGGCUGGAGACUUGCCUGCUGCUGGUGGUCAACGUGAUCGGCCAGCGCAUGGACUUCUACGCCAUGCUGCACGCCUUCGCACUCAGCGUGGUCAUGUACCGCCGCCGGAGGAAGGCCAUCGCUGAGAUCUGGCCCAAGUACUGCUGCUUCCUGGCCUGCAUGAUCACCUUCCAGUACUUCAUGUGUGUGGGGAUCCCCCCCGCCGCCUGCAAAGACUACCCUUGGAGAUUCCCCAACUCUGGCACCGAGUCCAACGUGGUCAAGUGGCUCUAUGUUCCUGACUUCCACACAAAGCCCAACCCAAUGUUCCUGUUCUAUGACUUCAUGCUGCUGCUGUGCGCCUCCCUCCAGAGGCAGGUAUUUGACGACGAGAACAAGGCGGCCGUGCGUCUCAUGGCCGGGGACAACGUGGAGAUCUGCCGGGACCUGGACGCCGCCACCUUCAGCGUGCACAACCCCGUCCCCGACUUCAUCCACUGCAGGUCAUACCUGGACAUGCUGAAGGUGACCAUGUUCAGCUACUUGUUCUGGUUCGUCCUCACCAUCCUCUUCUUCACGGGUACCACUCGCAUCAGCGUCUUCUGCAUGGGCUACCUGGUGGCCUGCUUCUACUUCCUGCUCUUUGGGGGGGAGCUGCUGCUCAAGCCAAUCAAAAAGAUCCUCCGCUUAUGGGACCUCCUCAUCGCCUACAACGUCUUCGUCAUCACCAUGAAGAACAUCCUGUCGAUCCUUGCCUGUGGUUACAUCCACACUCUGCUGGUGAAGCACUGCUGGUUGAUCCAGCUGCUGAGCCUUGCUUGCACCAUCAAGGAGUACAAAUCAAACGAUAUCAAUCAGGAUCACAUCGAUAUAGCGGACCAAUGCGAGCUCCCCAAGGACGAGGCGGGCAUCAUCUGGGACAGCAUCUGCUUCGCCUUCCUGCUGCUGCAGCGCCGCGUCUUCAUGAGCUACUACUUCCUGCACGUGGUGGCCGACAUACGCGCCUCACAGAUCCUUGCCUCCAGGGGCGCGGAGCUGUUCCAGGCCACCAUCGUGAAGGCAGUGAGGGCCAGGCUGGAUGAGGAGCACAGGUCUAUGGAGCAGCUGAAGAGACAGAUGGACCGCAUCAAGAUGAGGCAGCAGAAGUUCAAGCGGGGCAAGGAGAAGAUGCUGAGCAUGACCCAGGAGUCUGGCGAGGGCCAGAGCCUGGUGCCGCCCGAGGAAGAGGAUGACGGAGCAGAGCGAACGAAAGCCAAGACCAAAAAAAAGCAGUGGUGGAGGCCGUGGGUAGACCAUGCUUCUAUGGUGAGAAGUGGAGAUUAUUACUUGUUUGAAACUGACAGUGAGGAAGAGGAGGAAGAGGAGGACAAAACCGAGGAGGACCUUCCUAAAAAGUCAGCGUUUCAGCGUGCUAUCGGAAAGUUUGCCUCUGCUUUGCUGGCAUUGCCAAAGUCUAUUAUCAAACUGCCCAAAACUGUACUGCAGUAUGUAAUGAAGGCAGGCAAGUUCCUCUACCACGCCUGGAUCACAGACCCCAAGACGGCUCUCAGGGAGAAGGCCAAAGAGAGGCGAAAGUUCUGGAAGAAGUACACCAAGGGAGUGCGAAGCAGAAAAAGCAAGAAAGAGAGUCAUGUGACUAUAGAGGUAGGAGACCUGCCGGAGGGUGUAGGGGAAGACGAGGACAGCAAAAAGUCUAAAGGCCCAGACAACGUCAUCAAGCGCAUGUACAACAUCAUCAAGUUCUUGCUGGUGCUGUGCCAGACCACGGUGGACAGUUUCACCAAGUGGAUGAAUGAGAUGUGCCAGGAGCACAUCGACAUCUCCAGCGUGCUGCGCAUCGAGCGCUGCAUGCUCACACGCGAGGUCAAGAAGGGCAACGUGCCAUCCAGGGACCACAUCCACGUGUACUACCAGAAGGCCAUGAGGCUCAACAUGUCCCGGCAGUCCAGCAUGGACCUGCUCAGCGAGGACGACUCGGGCUCCCAGAGGGUCCCCAGACGGAGGCAGGGGCGCUUUCCCAUGGGGAGCGGGGACUCCAUGGCCUCCCGGGACAGCAUCUCCAGCGGGUACACGGAGGCCACCAUGCUGUCACGCCAGUCCACCCUGGACGACCUGGACGGCAUGCCCGAGUGCAUCCCCAAAACCAGCGAGCGGGCGCGGCCCAAGCUGCGCAAGAUCUACGGCAUGGACGCCUCCAACUCCUCGGCCGACAGCGGGAGCAGCCUCGUGUCCAGCGAGGCCACCCAGUGUAUCACGCUGUACUCCCGGCAGGGGACCACGGACACCAUAGAGGAGGUGGAGGACGAACACGACCUGGGAGAAGACGGGCGCCAGGCGGAGCCAAGGGGCUGCCAGGAGCCGGAGGGCUCUCUGGAUCCGGGGGGCUCCCAGGAGCAAGAGGGGUCUGUGGAGCCAGGGGGGUCACAAGGGCCAGAGGGCUGCCAGGAUUAUGAGGGGUCCCUCGAGCCGGAAGGGUCCCCACAGCUAGAGGGGUCCAUGGAGCUAGAGGGGUCCAUGGAGCUAGAGGGGUCCCAACAGCCAGAGGGGUCCUUUGAGCUAGAGGGGUCCCCACAGCUAGAGGGGUCCAUGGAGCUAGAGGGGUCCCAACAGCCAGAGGGGUCCUUGGAGUUAGAGGGGUCCCCACAGCCAGAGGGGUCCUUUGAGCUAGAGGGGUCCCCACAGCUAGAGGGGUCCCAACAGCCAGAGGGGUCCCCACAGCCAGAGGGGUCCCCACAGCCAGAGGGGUCCUUGAAGCUAGAGGGGUCCCCACAGCCAGAGGGGUCCUUGGAGCUAGAGGGGUCCCCACAGCCAGAGGGGUCCCAGGAGCAGGCGGAGUGCGGGGAUUCUGAGGGGUCCCAGGACCCUGAAGGGUCGGAGGAGCCGGACUGGACUCAGGUACUGGACGGGUCCCAGGAGACGGAAGCCGGGCCCUGGGGAGUGGACAACCCUGCUUGGCAGAAGGAUGACGAGGAGGAAGGCCAGGAGGACCAGUGCAGACAAGGGGUCUCCUGGGAUUCCUUUGGCCCAGGAGAAGGCCCCUCAAUGACGGGGACGGAGACGGAGGAGGGGGCGGGGGCGGGGCCGGCCGGGAUCCAGGAUCCGGACUACACCACAGAUAGCGAGGACGGGGAGGCCGGUUCGCGCGAGUCCUCCCGGCGCCAGUCCUCCCGGCGCCAGGGCCGGUCUGCGCUGCUCUACACCCCCGACACGGACGCCUCCAAGACGUCCGACGCCGAGGUGCCGCCGAGUUACAGCAAGGUGGUGAGCUUCGACCGCCUGGAGGUCAGCGACGACGACAGCGACAUGGACCGCGGGAGGAUGGCGAUGACCUCAGACAGCCGGUCGGAGGGCAGCACCCGCUCCGACCUGGCGCAGCCCUCCAUGAUGACCGAGCUGACCGCCAGCGAGCUGCUGCUCAGCAAGAUGUUCUACGACGAGGAGCUGGACCAGUCAGAGAAGUUCUACGACAGCCAGCCGCUGGGGCUGCAGCUGGGAUACGCGCUGUACAACAUGCUGGUGGCCCACUCGGAGAUGGUGUGCUACCUGGUGAUCAUCCUCAACCACAUCAUGUCGGCCAACCUCGCCACGCUGGUCAUCCCUAUUAACAUCUUCCUGUGGGCCAUGCUGUCUGUGCCGCGUCCCAGCAAGCGCUUCUGGAUGACCGCCAUCGUGUACACGGAGGUCACAAUCUGCAUCAAGUACUUCUUCCAGUUCGGCUUCUUCCCCUUCAACCAGAUGAAGGCGGAGAAGUCCAAGCCGUACCACCCGCCCAACAUCAUCGGUGUGGAGAAGAAGGACGGCUACGCCCACUAUGACCUCAUUCAGCUCCUAGCCCUCUUCUUCCAUCGCUCCAUCCUGAAGUGCCACGGCCUGUGGGACGAGGACGACAAAAGGCAGCAGAAGCGGGAGCAGGCCGCCCAGGAGACGUCGGAGGACGAGGGGAACGGCGUGGGGCGGGCCAGCGAGAAGAAGGAGAAGGUGAGGGACGCGGCGGCGGCCCCGUCGGUGAGGUCGGAGAGCCGGGGCUCCGUGAGGUCGCUCGACGUUGACGGCCCCGUGGACUCGGUGCAGGUGCAGAUGCACCACUCCCAGCAGAAGACCUUCCAGCGGCGCAAGAGCUCCAGCGGGGGGUCGUUCAUCUCCCACCGCUCUGGCCUGUCGUCGGCGCGGUCCAAGAGAGGAAGCACCGCGUCCCACAACAGCAGCCGGCACGACGGCAGCGAGGCAAGCGUGCAGAAGAGCCGGAAGCAGCUGAUGGCGGAGAAGCUCAGAGAACAGCUGAUCAGGGGCAAGGCCAUGGUGGUCAAACGAUGCAUGGAUUUCUACGAACCCAUCCGCCAGUUCUUCUACAACCUGAUCCACCCCGAGUACAGCGCCGUGACCGACGUCUACGUGCUCAUGUUCCUCGCCGACACAGUCGACUUCAUCAUCAUCGUGUUCGGAUUCUGGGCUUUCGGCAAACAUUCUGCGGCAGACAUCACCUCGUCCCUGUCAGAGGAUCAGGUUCCUGGGCCUUUCCUGGUCAUGGUUCUGAUCCAGUUUGGGUCCAUGGUGGUGGACCGCGCCCUCUACCUCAGAAAGACCGUCAUGGGCAAGGUCGUCUUCCAGGUCAUCCUGGUCUUCGGCAUCCACUUCUGGAUGUUCUUCAUUCUGCCCGGAGUCACAGAGAAGCGUUUCAACCAGAACAGGGUGGCCCAGAUGUGGUACUUUGUCAAGUGUAUCUACUUUGGACUGUCGGCCUAUCAGAUCCGCUGUGGGUAUCCCACCCGCGUCCUGGGCAACUUCCUCACCAAGAGCUACAACUAUCUCAACCUCUUCCUGUUUCAAGGGUUCCGCCUGGUUCCCUUUCUCACAGAGCUGCGGGCGGUGAUGGACUGGGUGUGGACGGACACGUCCCUGUCGCUGUCCAGCUGGAUCUGCGUGGAGGAUAUCUACGCUCACAUCUUUGUGCUUAAAUGUUGGAGGGAGUCUGAGAAGAAAUUCCCGCAGCCGCGUGGGCAGAAGAAGAAGGCGACGGUGAAGUACGGUCUGGGGGGCAUGAUUGUGGCCCUGCUCAUCUGCAUCGUGUGGUUCCCGCUGCUCUUCAUGUCCCUGGUCAAGUCUGUGGCCGGUGUGGUCAACAGGCCGCUGGACGUCUCGCUCACCAUCACCCUGGCCGGCUUCCAGCCCAUCUUCACCAUGAGCGCUCAGCAGAAGCAGCUACGGAAUAUUACGGAGCAUGAAUAUGCUGCCUUUGUGAGGGGAUAUACUAAAAAUGACGAAUGCAUGCAAUGGCUGGAGACCUACCAGUACGAGGACCUGACUAUUGCUGAACUAGAGGGCAGCUCCAACUCUCUGUGGACCAUCAGCCCACCCAGCAGGAAAAAUCUCAUCGACAUGCUGCAACAUCCUGGAGAGGAGUUCACCAUCACUGUGUCCUGGUCCAUUCAAAGGAACCUUACACUGGGUGCUAAGGCAGAGUUUGCCACGGGCAAGCUGGUGGAACGCCUCGACACCGACACCAGGGACCACUUGAUGCAGCUGCUCAACAACACCUCCACCACCACCACAGCGAUCCUCAAAGAUUUCUUCCCACGGUAUCUCCGGGCGCCUACCGAUUCGAUUUCCAAACCCGUGGAGCAGCUUUUAAAGGAUAAGAAGAAGGAGAACAUCAGCUUGUCGCUAGAGCGAAGCGCACAAAGCUCCGGGGAGGUGCGGGAGUGGUGGGUGGUCAACCAGUCAGAGCCCGGCUCCAUCAAAAAGAAAACCAACAUGACGGGGCUGGAUCUGUACAUAUUCAGCGACCAGGUCAGCCCCCCCAGCCUGGGCUUCCUGGCAGGAUACGGCAUCAUGGGCCUGUACGCCUCCGUGGUGCUGGUGAUCGGCAAGUUUGUGCGCGAGUUCUUCAGCGGCAUCUCGCACACCAUCAUGUUCGAGGAGCUGCCCAACGUGGACCGCAUCCUCAAGCUGUGCACGGACAUCUUCCUGGUGCGGGAGACGGGCGAGCUGGACCUGGAGGAGGACAUGUACGCCAAGCUCAUCUUCCUCUACCGCUCGCCGGAGACCAUGAUCAAGUGGACCCGGGAGAAGACGGAGUGACCGCUGUGUGGCGCCCCGGCGCCGACACCUGACCCGCACACUCCACCCUCCCCCCCACAACUGACCCUCAUACUCCACCCUCCCCCCCACAACUGACCCUCAUACUCCACCCUCCCCCCACAACUGACCCUCAUACUCCACCCUCCCCCCCACACCUGACCCUCAUACUCCACCCUACCCCCACAACUGACCCUCAUACUCCACCCUACCCCCACAACUGACCCUCAUA